ACUUAUCGAGGCAUUGCAUAAGUUUAGCUCCUGAUUUUUGAAUUGAAAACCGUCAGCUGACAACGAAAUUAAGAUCGAUCCAUAACAUCCAGAACAUCAGUGAAAAUGAAUAAAAUUGUGGCUUUGUUUGUUAUACUUUGUGGAAUCAACGUUGGAUACUCGAUCCCGAUCCAAAAUGCUCUUAUGUACUAUCGGCAUGCGUCGCCAUACAUGGUCCCUCAACAUUCGAUGUAUGGAUUCCACUAUCAAAACCAACAGCUGAGGAAUCAACGUCGAUCGGCUGGGGUGUCUGCCUUUGCUGCCGGGAACACCAUUGCCACUGGAACGUAUCUGAAAGAUUGCAAAAACACAGAUAUAGAAAGCGCUGAGCAACCCGUUCAAAACGACCCGAACGUGCAGUCAACUGCAGAGGCCUACCCAGAAGAACAGUUCCCAGUCGAAGAAGAACCUCAGUUUGAUGUCCCAGCGGUGAAUGACCAGGAAACCAUCGAACCAAUUGCUGAUGAACCAGCGAUCGCUCCUGCUCUCCCAGCAGUUAUUCCAGACAAAAAGAAAAAGGUUACUGUUCAGCUAGACUCCGAAGAAGAAGACAAUGCAGUCCAAUAUGGUCGUCGUGGAGCUAAACCAGCCGAACCAAGUAGCUAUUUCCCGAUUAACUUUGGUGGUACUAGCGGGGGAGCUAUCGCUAUUGCCAACUCGUACAGCACUGGAAAGGGAGGAUCGGCAACCAGCACUGCUACUGCCUACGGAAGCCCAGCGGCCGCCGAGCUGAGAAGAGCAACUCAACCUGCCCAAUUGAAGAGAAAACCCGCCAAAUUGCGUGCUCGGAAGUACUAGUUUGUCCAAUGUUGAUAGUGAUAGAAUGCCCUAAAUUAUUAAGCUCCACCAAGUCCUCCGUAGGUUAGUAAAAUGAAAAAAGUGCAAAAACAUGUCGAGUAGCCUUAGGAUUUCGCAAAGUAAAACAAACUUUUAGUAUUUAUUGUAAUUUAAAAGCUUUCCUAAAAAAUUGCUCAAAUACAGAAAACUUCGAAGCAUCAA